AUGUCUCUCGUGCCCGUCGACACCACUCUGCAAGUCCCACCUCCUGAUCCGGUUCAGAAGCCCCCUGAGGUGGCCAUCACGCCCUGUGACCCAUGGCCUGCACCAUACUAUUUUGAAGGCGGCUUGCGCCGGGUGAAGCCCUACCACUACACCUACAACACUUUUUGCAAGGAGCGCUGGCGGGGUCGUGAAUUGGUGGACAUUUUCCUGUCGGAGUUUCGCGACCGUCCCGCAGAGUACUACAGGAAAGCCCUACAAGAUGGCCUUGUUGCCGUCAACGGCACGCCUGCUGGCCCCAAUACCGUCGUCAAGAACGGCCAGAUCAUCUCGCAUACUCUGCACCGUCACGAACCCCCCGUCACCGGGAAAGAGAUUGGUAUCAUCCACGAGGAUGACGAUCUGAUUGUCAUUGACAAGCCCGCCGGUGUGCCCGUCCACUCCGCUGGUCGCUACCACUACAACUCCGUGCUCGAGAUCAUGCGCUCUCAACGCCAUCCGGAAUGGGUCCCACGACCUUGCAAUCGUUUGGACCGACUCACCUCCGGAGUCAUGUUCCUCGGAAAGACCGCGAAAGCUGCAGAGAACAUGACCGGAAAGCUCAAGGCCCGCACCCUCCAGAAGGAGUAUGUGGCGCGCGUCAAGGGAAAAUUCCCUGACGGUGUCAUCGUCUGCGAUCAGCCCAUCAUGUCCGUGAGCCCAAAGGUAGGCUUGAACCGCGUUCGUGCCACUGGCAAGGAGGCAAAGACCAAGUUCCGUCGCCUGGCUAUCGUCCACUGUCUGCCAUUGACUGGCCGCACGCAUCAGAUCCGCGUGCAUCUCCAGUUCCUCGGACACCCGAUCUCGAACGAUCCCAUCUACUCCAAUCGCAAAGUCUUCGGACCCGAUCUCGGAAAGAACGAGACCAGCGACGAGCGCGACAACGAGCUCAUUGAUAAGCUAUGUAAUAUUGGCAAGACUGAAGUCCCCGACACCGUAAGCUAUCGGACACACCUUACCACAGUGCCUCUGGUACCGCCGGGCACGGAUAACUCUGUUGUGGAGGAGAUCAUGUCGCGCGAGCACGAGGCCGCCGUGGAGAGAUACCACAAGCGCAAAGGCGAGAUGUUGUCUGGCGAGAGAUGCAAGAUCUGCGACACAGAGCUCUACUCGGACCCUAGACCCGAGGAUCUAGGCAUUUUCCUCCACGCCGCGGCGUACUCUGACAAAGAGGAUGGCUGGAAAUACACUAGCAAGAUGCCUACCUGGGCUCUGCCGCCUGAUGGCGUGGAGGGACCGCGCGAGAUGCCCGACUGGGUGUUUGUUCCCGAGGAAGAGGAGAUUGUUAUCGGACAUGCUGUCUUGCCUGGCGCGGAGGACGGCUCGGAGUCGAAUAUCCCUGCUCUUGUGCAGGGUGUCGGCCUAGUCGACAUUUCGUCUGGUAGGAAGGCAGAUGCCGCUGCGCAGGCGACUGCUUGA